UAGGACAGCCAAUAGCUACUUUCCUUACUGAGGCAAAACACUGAGAGAAGACGGGAAACCACGCUGGAAAGUAACGACGACGAAGCGGUUGUAGCAUACAUUUUGCCUACAGACAAUGGGCAGCCAGGUAUCUGUAGACAAUGUUCAUGUUGUGGUGGUUGGCGGGGGUUUCGGUGGCACCGCCGCCGCACAACAGCUCAAAUCCAGGGGGAUACCAUUCACCCUCAUUGACCUCCGUGACGCCUUUCAUCACAAUGUGGCUGCCCUCCGUGCCUCUGUUCAGAGUGGCUUUGCCCAGCAGACCUUCAUCCCAUAUUUGAAGACGUUUGGAGAGAAUUUCCUUCAGGGGCGAGUCAUAUGGGUGGACCCAGUGUCACAGACUGUAGCGUUGGAUGGAGGAAAGGAAGUUCAUUACUCACACCUUAUACUGUGCACUGGCACAGACGGCCCUUUCCCGGGGAAGUACAACAUGGUGGCCUCCUAUCAGACAGCCAUCCAGAAGUAUGAGGACAUUGUGAAGGAGGUCCAGGCCGCAGGUUCGGUUCUUGUGGUAGGUGGUGGAUCCACUGGUGUAGAGAUGGCUGCAGAGAUCAAAACAGAAUAUCCAGACAAGAAGGUGAUCCUGAUCCAUUCCCGUGUUGGCCUAGCCGACCCAGAGCUGCUGCCCAGUGUCAGGCAACAGGCUAAGGAGGUGCUGCUGGAGAAAGGGGUGGAGCUGCUACUGGGGCAGAAAGUUUCUAACCUGUCUCUACUGGAGCUCAAUGUGACCAACAAGAACAUGGUUAUCAUGACAGACAAGGAUACAGAGAUCACUGCAGACCUCGUCAUCUGCUGCACAGGCAUGAAGAUUAACUCUGAUGCCUAUAGCUCCAGCCUGAAUGGAUGCCUAGCAGAGAAUGGGUCCCUGAAAGUGAAUGUGCACCUGCAGGUGGAGGGCUAUGACAAUGUGUACGCUGUUGGGGACUGUGCUAAUGUUAACGAGCCUAAGAUGGCGUACCAUGCAGGUCUCCACGCUGGGGUUGCUGUUGCCAACAUCACCAACAGUCUGAUGGGGAAGCACCUGGAAUCUUAUCACCCAGGGAGUGUGACCAUGUUGUUAGCCAUGGGCCAUAAUGAUGGAGUGGGCCAGUUCAAUGGGCUGAGGCUUCCCCGUUGCCUUGUAACCCAGGUCAAGAGCAAGAACCUACUACUGUGGAAAAGCUGGAAGGAAAUGGGUCAGGAAGCUCCUUAACGUGUGCCAUACAGAACAUUGUGGAGCGAAGACAUGCGUUUGCCAGCACCGCCUUGAGAGUGCCUUACUCAGGUGACAGCUUGCAGAAGUUUUGGCGUUCUGACAUGACUAUUGAUAUGAGACCAUAUAUUUGUAAAAUAUUUCUACGCAAUGUGAUGCAAACUUUGUACAAUGUCCAUUUUUGCCAAUGAAUGUUAAUGUAUGUCUUGAUUAAAAAAAAUUAAAAAAUCUGAA